UUGUCUUAUAAUGCUGUCGCUUUCUGUUUAACUUCUAAUUUUUCUGCCCACGGCGUUUGACUUAGUUGAGUUGAGUUUUAGAGAUUAAUACUGCAAAUGCAAUAGAUACUGCAAUUGAAUGAAAUGUAGUUCCCAAGUUAAGUGCUGUAUUGGGACAGUUUUUGAAAUCAGACACAUUGUUUGGUAUCGGAUGUAUGGUCAAUCAUGGCUGAUAAAGAACAGGUUGUACAAGCCCUCCGUGCUACCCUAAUAUCUGUUAAAGGAGCAUUGACUAUAAAACAGUGUAACCGAGAUUACAGAGAACUACAAGGAGAAUGGAUUCCAUAUAAAAAGUUAGGAUAUACAACUUUGGAGAAGUUAUUUCUCGAUGUUCCUGGUUUUAAAGUGACACAAAUUAAUGGCGAAUGGUAUGUUGAUGCCAUAGCUAGUCAAGAAACUCAACAUAUCGCAUCCAUGGUGGCACGACAAAAACCUAGUAAAAAAGCUAAUUUAAAGUUAAGUUAUUCGAAUCGAUUUCCGAAGAGACAAUAUUCAUGGCGCAAACCAGUGGCAGCAACCAGUUAUACUUCUAAUUAUGAUAAUCAAUACUCAAACCAAUAUUAUAGGGUGAAAAGUGGAACCCCUUUUUAUAAUAAUAAUUAUAGUAGUCAUAAGUUUAAUACCAGUAAAAACAGUUCUUAUAAGACAAACGAUACGAAAAGUGCUCCACAAAUAGUUAAACAAGUGACGAAAUCUUCGAAUGAUUACUCCGAUAAACGUGCAUCUCAUGUAGCUAAAAACAUUAAUUUGACUACAGGUGUACGAGAAGUUAAUAUACUUUCUGAGGAGUUUACACAUUCCGCAUUAGCCGAAAGCGAAUCAGAUGGGAAGCCUUCUGGAAAAGUCUCGGCUUCUCAGAGGCUUUCAAACCUUAGAGAUCGUUUGAAUACUGUCGAUUUGAUACCUCUGCAGUUACCGGCCGCGAAAAAUGAAUGCUUAGAAUAUAGUGGUCCUGUUACUAAUGUCACUCCAGCACAUAAACUCGAACCUCCACCAGAUACAACAUCAUCGGUAGAGAAGCUUGAGUGGACUUGUAGAAAACUAGGACUGCCACAGCCCGUGUUUAAGGUGCAUAAUGUUACGCCUAAACGAGGACCUGUUAGUUAUGACUGUACAGUGAAAGUUGGUACUUCCUAUUUUGCUUCAUCUUAUCCGGACUCAUCACCAUCGGAAAAUUUAGCAAAAGAAGUAGCUUCAGUGAAGCUGCUAAAUGUAAUUGAAAGUUCACAAGCCUGCGGUAUGCCCACGUCUUCUACAAGCAACGCCAUUGCAUGCCUCACAAAAUUAGUUGAUGAACAUGAAGCGGGUCUGUGGGCUAGCACUGUGCCACAUUUGUACAGAGAAAAGUAUGGUGAGAAUUUACCAAGUAACUGGCAAGAACUCGUGGAAAAUUGUCCACAGAUAAUUAAAGAUAGAGUUGUUAAUGGACUUUUAGUGCUUCUUCCUAACAAUGAGGAAGUCACUCCACCUCCACCUCCUCAGACCGACUCCACAGUUGGAGAUGACACGAUCGAUAGUGACUUGCCUCCUCUCAAAUUUCCAGAAGAUGACUUUUGGAACGUAUUUGUAACGGUUGCAAACUCAACACUUGAAAUCUGGCUUCGGAUUAUUGGUCCACAAUAUAGUGAUGCUUUCGAAUCACUAUUGGUGGAUAUGGCCGCUUACUACGAACACUCUGGCACAACUGUUGACAGAUCAAUGCUAAUAAAAAAUGCUUGGUACGCAGUCAACGUAGAUGACGGCGGAUGGCAACGCGCUAAAAUAAUGGAAAUCGAUGAUGAUACAGCGUCUGUCUUUCUGGGUGAUCAUGGAGAUGAUGAUGUAGUCAGUAUACAUAAAAUAAAAAUUUUGGAGACUCAAUUCAGAAGACUGUCUGCUCAGGCGAUACUGUGCCGAUUGGAGGGCGCGGAAGAGCUAGCGGCAAGCGCAGCGGGCGCGGCGCUAGUGCGGCGGCGACUGCCGGGAGAGGUGCUGGUGGCAGCACCGGGUCCGCGCACCGACCCGCAUGACCCGUCCGUGGCGCUCGUACUCUACGAUACCUCCACGCAGCGCGACCUCAAUCUCAACAAAGAGAUCGUGCACGACUUCUGCAUGGCCGCUGCGUUCAACAUCACCCAGAAACCGUGUGAGGUGGAGGUCGGGUGCGUGAGUGAGGAGGGCCGCGUGUGGGUGUCGCGCGCGGGCGGCGCGGACGUGGUGCGCGACGCGCUGGCGCUGCUCACCGCCGGCCCGUACCGCCGUCCGCUGCCUGCCGCGCCGCACGCGCCCUCGCCCAACGCGCACACGCUCUACAUCGUACGCACCCUCGCCGGCGACUGGGUUCGUUGCACAAUAAUAAGCGGCUUGGACGGCGAAGGCACUGUUCGGACGCAGCUGGUGGAUAGCGGACUGAUUCUUCGAGCGCCUCUAUCAUCUCUAGUGCCGUUGCAAAACUUUUCGCCCGCUUUGAGUGCUUUCCCUUGGCAGGCAAUGCAGGUACGCCUUGGUGCUGCGGAGCGCGCGGCUAGCAGCAUGGUGCCGCGACUACGCGAGCUGCUCCUAGGCGCGUGCGUGCUGUGCCGCGCCCUGCCACCCGCCAGCCACACGCCGCCACACGUAGAGCUGUUCGUACGCACCGGCCCGCAGAACAUCCUCGCCUCCGUCAACAACGCCGUCCUCAUGGAGUUCGAGUACCUGCAGCUGGACAAAUCCAAGGAGGAGGAGAAGGAGCCCACCAAUCACGUGGAGGAGCUGCACAAGAAGAAAGAGCGCAUCUUCCGCAGCCUGUCAUCUGUCGCGGCGGCGGGAAGUGGGGCGAGCGGCGUCCUCAGCGAGCAGUCGUCCGCGCCCGCUGCGCUGCCGCCGCCCACUCUGCCCGCUCCCGGGAAGUGCUUCGACGUCUACAUAGCCAUGGCCGCCAACCCGUGGAACUUCGUGGUGCAACCGAACAGCACUAGGCCGGCUCUCCAAGCAAUGAUGUCCACUCUACAAACCGAAUGUCCAAAGUUAACUGAAGCAGACGCUCCCAUUAAACCGGCCAGUGGCGAGCUGUAUACUGUGUAUUAUGACAAGGAUUCCUCAUGGUAUAGGGUGACAAUCGCCGGCGCCGUGUCCGCAGAAAUGGUGUCUGUGUAUUUUUGUGAUUAUGGAGACCUGGCCUUGUUUCCAACGAAAGACUUGCGACCGGUCCCGCCUGAAGCGCCGCUUGCCCGAUCGUUGCCACCGCAAGCGAUUAAAGCACGUCUUUAUGAUGUGUGGCCCCUUCAUCAGGACUGGACUGUAGAAGACUGUAUCAGAUUUCAAGAAUUAUGUGUAGAGCAGCAAUUCGUCGGGAUUUGUAAGGAUGUCGGCAAAGACCCUCUUAAUCCCAAUGAACCACUUCUAACCCUUGACCUCAUUGACACCUCUACCGAUGAGGAUAUUUAUUUGAAUAAGCAAUUAGUUGCUGAAAGUCGAGCACGACUUGCCUCUGCUUCUUAAUUAUUCAUUCAUUGUAUAUAAAAUUUCUGCUUUUUGUUGUUAUAGCCACAAAAAAACAGUAAAUUAAAAAAAAAGUGUAUUACGUUCCACUAUUUUGUGUAUACUCAUUGUUGAUGUUAAUUUUUAUAUUGAAAUAAUAUCCUGCAUUAGGAUCUUUGUUAAACACUUUUCCAUUUUAAGUAGUAUUAUUAAGAUAUAGCAUUGAAAUUUUUUUUUCUAUCUGUUAUGAUAAAUUCUUCCAGUGUAUUUUUAACUUAAAUCUAACCUGAUUUGUUUAUGCUACUUCUAUGCGCGUAUGGUAAGAAAUUUAGGUAUUACGUCGCGAUCGAGUUAUCAAAGGUGAUAAAUGUCCACUUUUCAAAUAUGUAGCUUGCCGAAUGAUAACACUGUAUGUUAUACUUGUAGUUAUAACAAGUACGAGUGUACUAUAUAUUUAUAACCAAGUGACUGUCACUUCAUUGAAUCUUAUUUAGAUUUUAUUUGUGGAAUAACUUUAUCUAAGACUGUCCGAGUACAUAUUAAACAUUACAUUCAAAUUCAAAGAAUAUUUUUUGGCUCACUAUAUUAGUCUCAAUAAAUAAUUGAUGUUGCAGAAUUCUGUAUGCACUCAAAAAUAAAAAUAUGGUAUCUAUCUACAUCUGGUUUGCAUUUUUCCAAUAUAAUUAUAAGUAUUUUCAGUGUCAAAAGUCUUCUGCAACCACGGCACCCUAUGUAAUCAGAUCAGUAACACAAUCAUCUUCGAUCCCAAACCGCGCGGACUAAAUUAGGGUUCGCUUCCACAGAAGCGGAGCUGACUAGAGAUAGCUUCCCUUCGAUUGAAGCUGCACGAAGUUGGGUGUUGCAGACCUAAACUGUGUAGAUGUAUGUGAGGAACAUGAAUGUUAGACAAUUUUUGUCUUGCUCAUCUUCUUUUUAUUAUUUUUAUUGGGAGGCUCUGCUGAGGUUGUUGAGCUUUAUAUUGAGAUUCUACAAGUGUCUGCCAUAACCACUAUCAUCGGCAAAUCGGUGAGUGAUGUACUCGCCGUUGAUGCUGGUGUCGAGUCCGCUCCAAUCUAGAAGCUUAGGCUCGUAUUACAGAAUGACA